AUGGUGGCUUCUACCUUCAACGAGCUACCGUUGCAACUGGAGAGGCACAGCAUGGCGCUGGACGCAGCAGCCUCUGCGCCGGAUCAGAACGGUACAGAGUACGUCCCUGGGGACGAGGCUGAUCCCGCAGAGCAAACGGCGAUUGAGGAAGCUUCUGUGAUACAUCUCCUGCGCGUUUUGGUAGCGGAAGCCGCGCCGCCCGCAAAGGUGUCGGACGAUGUCAUGGACCACGACUCUCCGGCUGCCGCCCAACUACAGGACGUCAACGACGUGACUUGUGAAGAAGCGGGCUGCUUGCUAUGGGAUAUGAGCGCCUCGCGCCCCGUCGCGCGGGUCAUGCUCCGGAACCGGGCCCUAGAAGCACUCGAAGUUGUUAUUGCACGCCAGUUGCAAGUCUGUGCGGAAAGAUCGGACACGACUGUGGGACCAGCAAUUGCAGGCGCAACGGCGUUCGCAACGGCCGGCGACGGCAGCGUAAGCCCAGAUGAUCGCCAACCUGACCAGCAGCAGCGCCAACGCCCAGUCCAAACUGCGCUGCGAAUCCUUGAAAUAUGCAUCGGCACUCUUGCCAACCUAAUCGUCACUCAGCCCGCCGCGGCGACCGCGGUCAGCGGCCGGAAUGAGCUUCUGGCGCUGCUGUUGCAGCCCCGAGGCCCGGAGGACAACCACCCAGAUGGCGGCUUGGACUCGACCUGCGGCGCCGCCGCUGGCGGGGGCGCCUUGUACGGCUCUGCUGUCUGGCUGCGGGAGCUGAGCUCUCCGGCGGUGCUGCAGCGCGUGAUGUGGGUCGGAGUCGCCACGGCGGAUGCACAGCUGUUCGCGAGGUUUCUGGACGUGAUUGUGGCGCUGUUGCACGCCACGUCAUCGGCAUCCGCAGCGGAAGUGGAAGUGGAAGUGGAGAAGGUUGGGUUUCCAGCGGAAGCCAGGACAGCAGCAACGACGGGCGCGGCCGGUGUGGACGGCGGCGCUGCAGCCGUACUGCCGGCGGCCGGUCGAUUUGGGGGCAACGCCUGCUGUUCGGUGCUGUUGGAGUGCGGCUUGAUAGAGCUGCUUCACCAGGUUUUGCUGCAGGCGUUGAGGGCGUGCAUGCCGGCGGAAGAAAAAUACAGCGAGCUUGGCGGCGGCGGCGGCGGCGGCGGGGGCGACGCCACAGACGUGUAUGGCGGCAGCGCGGUCGGCAGCGAUGGUCAGCGCACCGGGGCCUCAACGCCGUCCAUAGUGAGCGGGGCGGCGACGGCAGGAAGGCCAGCGGGCCCGCCGGCGGCCGCUGCUGCCGUCGCCCUGGCCACGGCGGCCACAGCUGACAGGGGGGUUUCGGACUCGUGCAUUGGCGGAUUGGCGGCGCUGGCUGGGACGCAAACGGCGGCGGCAGCGGCGGCAGCAGAGGUUACGCCAAGGAGUGACGGCAACUGGCGUUACAAUCAGCCGCCGGAUGCAGUUCACGACACCACGGCAGUAGCCACUGAUGCAUGGCCCGAGGGCCACAUGUCCCGUAGGGAUACAGACGGUGGUGGUACCGAUGGGGGCGCGCCACCCAGCCAAGACGCAGCAGCCGCAGCCGCAGCCGCGGCAAAUGCUGCAGCGGAUUCGGGGGCGGCGGCGGCGGCGGCAACCACGGCGGCGGCGGCCACGGCGGGUCCCGUGCCGCUGAGCGACGAGGCGGUGGAUGCGGCUCUUCGACUGAUCGAGGAGCUGGUGAGCCCCAGCGGCCCGCUUGUCGUGCCGGGAGCCAACAAGGGCCCGUGCUCGGAGAAGACUCAGGACCGUGAAGGCGGCAGCGGCAGCGGCAGCGGGGCAGCCGGCGUGGGCGUGGGCGUGGGCGGCGGGGAGGUGCUGCUGCAGCUCCAUGCGGCGAGAGGACUCCGGCCGGGGCUGAUGCAGCUGCUGCUGGGCCUCCUGCGGUACCAGUACGACAGCAUGCAGGUGGUUGAAGGCCUGUUGGUGGUGCUCGUGGAUCUCGGUCCUGCCGUACAAGAUGCGGUAGCUGCCUCAACACCGGAUCAAGCCGCGGCGGUCGCGGCCCGCCUGGUGGAGCUGUUGCAGGAGAGCCGCUACAGCCCCGCUGAUGGCGCGGAAUCGUCUGUCAUACAGCUGCAGCAAGGCGCCUGGUACCUGCUCGCCGCCACGCUGCGUGGCGCUCUGGCGGCUGCCGCCGCUGCAGCUGCGACGACCACUUCGCCGCCUGCCUUGAAGGCCACGGCGCGAAACGGCUUGAAGUGCGUUGCCAACAAGGACCCCGGGACAAGCACGAACGCGAUCCAAGCAAGGGCGUUGUCCUCCGGGCAAGUAGCAGCAGCAGCAGCGGCGAUGGCGAACUGGCGCGCGAGCUGGCCGUCCCUGGAGCGCUCUCUCGCGGCGCUCUAUGAGCUGCCGCGGCCGGAGGGCGGGGUGGGCUACGCGCGGGCGUGCUGUGUAGCGGGUCUGGGGCUACUAGAGCAGCUGUGGGGAGUGCGAAUUGCGGCGGCGGCGGCGGCAGCUGCCGAUGGGCACGAUCCCGCUUCUGCCGGGAUGAGUCCUGCUGCCGGCAGUGGCGCACGUUGCGAUAGUGCUGGUGGCGAUGAUGACCGCAGUGCACAGGGGGGUUCGGAGGUGCAGCGGGCCGGUGGUUUCGGAGCGGGGCCAGCGGUUUCGUUGGAGGACGGGAUGACGGGGGUAGAGGGGGUGGAGUGCGGGGGGAGAGGAUUGCUCCUUCCAAGCAUUUGCUGCAAGGAGUCUUUGUCCAACUUUCAGUUUUUGGCACAGUGCUUUCGAACGUAG